AGCGGAAGCAAGGUCGUGGCGCGUCGCGGCGCAUUUCAACUCGCAUUCUCGUCGUUCCGUAUGAGUUUUUGACGCGAGCGAGAGUUUCGAGAGUUUCGUGGAGUAAAUUGUCGGGCGUUCAUGUCAACAUUCGUCGUCAGUCGGAUGCGAUGUAUUGUGUCACGUUUAAUCGUGUUUGUAUUUUCUCCGUUGCCUCAUAUCCCGAGUUUUCGACGCAGAAAGAAGAUUAUUGCAAGUAGCAAGUGCAAAUCUUGCGAAGAAAAUGCAGGCUCAAGCUGAAGAAAAAUAUAUUGAUUAUUUUAGAUUGCCACCUCAAUUGAUGAAUUACUAAAAUUAGUCCGAUCUGUUAUUACCAAAGAACAAUUAUCCCAUUUCGCCUGAAAUUUGACUACACAUAACACUGCGGUUUUUAGCAUCAGGAGAUAGCAUGAAAUUGAUAUCGUAAUGACAAUUAUUUGAUGAAUUAGUAAAAUUAAUAAAUUAAUUAUUAAUUAAUUAAUUAAGUUUUUUGUUUUUCUUCGUGACUAUACACGUGAAAGACGAAUACAUGCACAAAAGUUAUUCCGCUGAAAACGGAAAAAGAAAAAACGGCGGAAUCGGCAGAAUAAAGCCGCUACCAAUCACAAACGUUCUGCAGUUCCGCCAUUCCGCAUCCCAUGUGAGCGCACCCUUACAGUUUUGGCAGCACUGACGCAGGUGGUUGAUCGUCGCGACUAGUUGUGCAAAGCACUAAAAUACAAACUCAAUUCUAAAAUGUAUAUUUAAAUUUUCUCGUUUUUCUGAACGUGAAUCUCACGUUAUAAAAAAUGUGGAUGUGGAGGACGUCAGUUAUUACCGCGUCGGAUCGCAUAUUUCCCGGUCUGGCAUAUUAUGAUCGAAAAAAGGAAUUUUAUGAUAUAGGAAAUCAAAUACAAUCCAACUUGCCGCUCCAAAUGGCAUUAUAUUUUAAUGUAUGGACAUAUCCUGUAUGGUUCUUUGUGACACUUGUCAAUUUAGAUGCAAAAUAUUACUACUUGACAGACGUGUACAAAUUCAUAACUGUAGCAGUAUUUAUUGUUAUAUCGGUAUUGGAAGGUAUACGAUUGUACUUGGGAUAUCUUGGAAACUUAACUGAGAAGAUUCCAGAAUUGGCAAGUUUCUGGCUGAUAUCUACUCUCAUACAUUUUCCUUUAGAGAUGUUUCUUCUUUUCGAUAGCAAAACUGAACCUCACCUUAGUGAAACAAUUAUUAACAGUAUCAUGGCGUUUCUGCUAGUCACAGAAAUUAUAACGUCUACCAUAGCUUUAAAGAAGUCAGCGGACCAUCAUGCCAAAAGGUUUUAUGUCGCACAAUUAUAUGGGAUUGAUGACAGUAGACAUUAAUUUAUUUAUUACUUUUGAGAUUUAAUAAUAUUAUUGCACUUUAUUAAUGUGCCGAAAGACUUAAGGUAAUAUCAUAUGAAUGAUAUGUACAUUUUUGAACAGAAACUAAUUUUUGUAGUAGAUUGAAAAUCUUGAAAUGCAAUAUAUAUAAAAAUUUAUGGUUUUAUAAGUAAACAUGUAUGAAAACCAUGAAGUUCUUCCUUCAUUAUACUUUUUUUUAUGUAAUCUUUUCAAGUAGCUUUCUGCAUUGAAGAUAUAAUAUUGAAUUCUAAUAAAUUUUGUAUUAUACUACAGUGCUCACUUCUAGAUCAUGAUCAUUAUAAAACGUCUUCAAAGCUACUAUAUUUUUCCUUAGGUUUACUAAAGACAGCUCCAUUUUACUUAAAGUAAUUUCUUCUUUCCCCAUUUGUCCAUCCGCUAAUGCCAGUAAGAGUUGUGAACGAGAAGGCGUCAUACGUGACAAGAGCUAGAAUAAAAUGAAAUUUAUAGUAGUAUCAUGAUUUUAAGAAUUAUUAACGCAUCUAAAAAAAAGUGCAUAUAGAAAGUAUAUAAAUUACAUUAAAUAAUUGCUGUGCCAUCCAACCAUGAUAUGGCUCCAAAGUUUCUUUGUACGCUUCUCUUAAGAAUGCAACCAAAUCUUCUGUUGCUUCUCCAGCUUUAUGAGUCUCCACGAUUCUUUCAAAGAAUAGUAAAAUUAGAUGUAAGGCCCUAAAACAUAAUCUUUUUAAUAAUUGUACAUACAAUUAUGUAUUUGAAGGAAUUUGUAGAUACAUUUAAUAAUUAAAUAGCGACUGAUAUAUGUAUAGCAUAGAAUAUUGAUAUAAAUAUUUCAAUCAUUGGGAUUUUAUGCCAAAUAAUAACUUUUAUAAGUUUUAUACAUUUUGCCUUUAUUAAAUAAAUUUUAUGUAACAAAAACUCUUGUGUCUUGUGCUCCAAAAGACAGUGCUACAUAUUGAAUUAAUUACUUUGGAAUUUAUUUUAUGAUCUUAUUUUUACUGUCGAAAUAUUUUUCUAUCAACAAUUUUUUUGUAUGCAGUAUAAUAUGAGUUGAAUUAUGUACCAAUUACUGUUUUAAAAUGUGCAUUCAAGUCAAAGUUAAAAAUAUAAUCUCAUAUUAUUCAAUUGAUAUAAGAUUUAUUACUGCGUUAACAAGCAUAUUGAACAAUAAACAAUGUACUGUGAAAGAUAAGACAAAAAUAAUUAUUGGCAUAAGAUUCCCAAUGAUUAAAAACGUUAACAUUUGCAUAAAUACAUGUUUAAUACCUUCUUAACCACAUUAAGGCAUCAACCGCAAUGAGAUCUUUUUCGGUAGAUUUUUCAAGCAAGAUCAUAUCUUGUAAAGUCGAGUUGGCAGUUUUAUUCAUGGAAUACCUGGUUGUGAGCUUCUGCAAUUGAGAAGAAGGUGCAACUUUAGAUCCUUAGUUCAUUCAAAGAUCAUUAAUACUAUCUCUUUGUGGGAAAUGUUUUGUUUAACUUACAUCGAUAUUGCCUUGCAUGUCGUAACGCACGGGCGCAAACAAUUUGCCAAAUUUAUCUGAAACACAGAUUUGUUUCUGUCGCGCGUCAUAUUGUACUUAAAGCAAGUUUUAUUAUCGUAGAGUGGCAUUCGUUUCCGCGAUUCUUUGUACAAUUUGAGGUUAAGUUAGAAAAUAGGUGUACGCACCAACUGUUCGCACGACAUCACGAGCAGCCUCUAAAAACUCCUCGCAGUUCUUCUAUUCCUUGGAUCAAAUUGACGGCACGCAGGCAGACGUGUGUCACAUAAUUCACGUCGCUGUUGUGAUUGGCUGUCAAAUAGACGUGGCGUUCACAGGAAAGUAACUAUAUAAUUAAUUAAAAUAUGUCAUUAAUCGUCCGUAAAA